AGUGCGCCUCCUUUGAGGCAGCACAGACUUAAGCAGCAGGACUCGGACUCGCGGUGGGCUUCUUCCAGAACUUUCAGACACACCCAAGAUGGAUCCCAGAUGCACCAUGAAAUCAGGAGUGCUCUUUGUGAUGGUCUUCACGCUGGCAGAUGCUGUUUCCAUGAAGACCCAAGCUUACUUCAAUAGGACUGCAUACCUACCAUGCCCAUUUACAAAGGGUCCAAAUAUAAGCCUGAGUGAGCUGGUAGUAUUUUGGCAGGACCAGAAAAAGUUGGUUCUGUAUGAGCACUAUUUGGGCAAAGAGAAACUUGAUAGCGUGAAUGCCAAGUACCGGGCCCGCACAAGCUUUGACGGAGAUAACUGGGCUCUAGGACUUCACAAUGUUCAGAUCAAGGACAUGGGCACGUAUGAUUGUUUUAUACAAAGGAAAACAUCCAAAGGAUCAGUCAUUCUCCAGCAGACAGAUACAGAGCUAUCAGUGAUCGCCAACUUCAGCAAACCUGAAAUAGAAGUUCAGAACGUAACAAGAAAUUCUGGCAUAAAUUUGACCUGCUCAUCUAAGCAAGGUUAUCCAAAACCUACAACGAUGUAUAUUUUGAUAACUAAUUCAACUAAUUCAACUCAUGAGCACAGUGGUGACAUGCAGAUAUCGCAAGACAAUGUCACAGAACUGUUCAGUGUUUCCAUUAGCUUAUCUAUUCCAUUCCCGGAUGGUGUGUGCAAUGUGACCACCUUGUGCGUCCUGGAAACUGAGUCAACGAAGAUUUACUCCAGACUUCACAAUAUAGAUCUUCCAGAGUCCCGAUUUGUUCAAGAGGAAAGGAAAUCCUGGAUUGCAUGUAUCAUCAUCAUUGUUCUACUUAUCACUGGAAUUGUGCUGUCCUACCUGGUAAAACUAUGCUGGAGGAAGCAAGAACAGCCUGGCAUCUCUUAGAAAUCAAAAUGGCAAGUGAAGGGAGUGAGAAACUGGAAAAAGAAUAAGAGUCCGUGUGUCUGAAAUAAGAAGCCCAUCAUUGUUCACAAUCCGAAAACAUACCCAGAAGACUGGAAUAGUACCCUUGAUUAAAGAACAAAAUUUGCAAUAGUGUCCAUACUUUAUACCUUUUCCUGUGCAAGUUUUUGGGCAACCUCUUUGAUUUCCCAGAAAAGAAGAUAAUAUAAUUAUUAGGGUAUGUGGUGCUCUGAGACUCCCUGUAGGUAAAACAGUCCCUAUCAUUCCAGCUCUGUUCCCUGUGCCAGGAGCAGACACUAAUUCUCUGUCUUGCUAUGUUUGACUCAGUUCAUACUCAGGUCUAAUGCACUGAAAUGGCUCCUUGCUGGGGAAUAACAAUUUGGAUCAACCUCUCCUCCUUUAGUUCAGAUGCCUCUCCUAACUUUGCAUAGUAUGUUUUUAUAUGGAACUCCUUGUUGUAGGAAUACUGGCCUUUAUCUAUUCCGAACAAACAUGAUAACCCACUUAGUCUUGUGUCCUUGGGCCUGAACAACUACCUCUUCAGUCAGGAUGGGAGUGGUGUAUUUGAUGAUGUUGUUUGAUGUGUUCAUGUUAGUAUGUUAAAGUAGAAAAGAGUGUAUACUGUAGUAGCAUAAUUAAUAUGCUCUAGAGGAAGACCCACCACUUAUUAGGAAAACUUGUUCUUCUGUCAGUAUCAGUAAUUAACACAAUGACCAAAGUAUCACACAGGUAACAGCACAGAAUUCUCAAUGCUGGGAGAUCGAGAAACACAAUGAUGUAACCAUCCCUGGAUCCAGGAGCCACUCCUAUCUGGGCUGAUGCUAAUAUUGGCAGAAUCCACCUAAUCAGCCAGCAAUUAACAAGCUUUUGCAGGCAUCACUGAAGAAAGCAAGACGUACUGCAUGUCCUGAGUCCUAUUUUCCCUCUUGAGAAAAAUGGGAUGGCAGUGAUGGUCUGGGGACAGCUAUGCAAGGACAAGACAGCAAAACACUCCAAACAAGGAGAAAUCAAUAGAGUCUAACCAACAAUGCUCAUAGAAGGAUCUCCCCAGUCCUUGGACAAGUCAAGAAACCAGAGAUGGAUGUCCCAAUGGAUGUAAACAGUAAUGGCCUUAGUGGUCAACAGGUGUUUUGAUAACCCCAUGUUUCAUCCAGCUGGACAUAGAGUUCGGGAGAAGACCAGUCAUUGUGAUAAAAUGCAGGGAGGAAGGCUAGGACUUUUUCAGCUCAUGGUGAAAGUAGGAAAAGCAGAACAUACAACAUUCUGAGGACGCCUUAAUCUGCAGACAUCCCAGGGAGCAUGGAUUGGUCCUUCAAAGAAGGACUAAGAGCGACUGAUGCUGAAAACAGUGACAGGACAACUAUGCACAAGAGAGAAAUAGCCUCAUAGAAAAGUGGCAGGAUGUAGUGUGUUGACAAGGCAUGGAGCCAUCACCAUUCAAACUUAAAGAGAACUCCGCAAGAGCUGAGCAGAAAAGUUGUUCUUUAUAUUUUAUAUAAAGGGCCCUGGAGGGUUGUAGACUUUUGCUAGUAAGGCUCAUGCUUGAAAUGUUGCCAUUCAUACAUCUUGCCCCUGCCUGUGGAGACUCUUAGAAUUUUGCUGGUUAUAACAUGUUCUGUACAGAGUAGAUUCCAAUAAAGUUUUCUUGCAUUUAUUGAA